GGAAACACCAUUUAUGUGAUCCACAAGUAACUUUGUCCCCUAUAAAUGGCUAAUCUUUGUGUAGAUUUUCGAUUUCCGUGUUAAGCAAGUCUCUCUAUUCUCACUUUACUUCACUUCUAAUCUUCUCAACUCUAAUGUUUUCUCUCUUUAUGUUCCCCUUUUCUCUUCUUUUUCUUAAUAUAUCUCAAUAAUUCUGAUUUGGGUAUUCAUAAAAAAGCUAAAUUUACAUUCUUGGCUUUCUGGUUAUGGCUAGUUUCUGUAUUUUUCCUUAAUUUUUCUCCUUUUUUUCUGAAUUGGGUAUUCAUAAAAAACUGGAAUUUACAUUCUUGGCUAUCUGGGUGUGUCUAGUUUAUUCUUUUCAACUUUUGUUUUUAAAAUUAUUUUUUAUUUUUUAUUUUGGGGGUGAGAAAUGGAGUAAGAAGGAUUCUUUCUGUUUUUUUCUUAAUUUUUCUCAUUAAUUUUGAUUUGAUAUUAAUAAAAAAAGUUAUCUUUACAUUCUUGGCUUUGUGUGUGUGUCUAGUUUUUUUAAGAAAUGGAGCAAGAAGGAUUUUUUUCUCAUUGAUUUUGAUUUGGGUAUUCAUAAAAAGGUGAUCUUUACAUUCUUGGCUAUUUGGGUGUGCCUAGUUUUUUUUUUUAUUUUUUUUAUUUUUUUAUUUUUGGGGGUGAGAAAUGGAGCAAGAAGGAUCAAUGGUGGUGGCAGCACCAACAUCAUUGGCACCAGGGUUUAGAUUUCAUCCAACAGAUGAGGAAUUAGUUAGGUAUUAUUUAAGGAGAAAAGCUUGUGGAAAGUCAUUCAGGUUUCAAGCUGUUACUGAAAUUGAUGUUUAUAAAUCUGAACCUUGGGAACUUGCAGAACAUGCAUCGCUGAAGAGCAGAGAUAUGGAGUGGUACUUUUUCAGCCCUGUGGAUAAGAAGUAUUGCAAUGGAUCUCGACUUAACCGAGCUACUGGCCAAGGCUACUGGAAAGCUACUGGGAAGGACCGUCCUGUUAGCCAUAAGUCUCAGCGCAUUGGGAUGAAGAAAACACUCGUUUUCCAUAGUGGCCGAGCUCCUGAUGGAAAGAGAACAAAUUGGGUUAUGCAUGAGUACAGACUUGCAGACGAAGAGUUGGAGAAGGCUGGAAUUGUGCAGGAUUCCUUUGUGCUUUGUAGAAUCUUCCAAAAAAGCGGUUUAGGACCACCGACCGGUGACAGAUAUGCACCUUUUGUUGAGGAGGAAUGGGAUGAUGAUUCAGCCGUGCUUCCUGGAGGAGAGGCAGAGGAUGAUGUGGUGAAUGGUAUUGAAGCACGAGUUGAGAGCAAUGAACUUGACCAGGAUGCUCCGCCCAAGACUGUUCUCCAUACUGAAAACCCGAUUGAACCCCAAAUUCUUCCAUUUGUUUGCAAGAGGGAGAGAUCGGAAGAGCCGGAACUCUCCUUAAGCCAAAGUAAGAGAUCCAAGCAUGAUGAUCCAAGCUCUAGCCGUGCAAAUGGUUCUGAAGAUUCAACUAUUACUAGCCAGAAUCCAGUGAAUAUGAUGACGACGAAAGAUUACCCCGUUGCUCUCUUAGGAUUCCCCCUGUUAGAGCCCUUUGAAACCAAGGAAAGCCAACCUUCUAAUACCCUAACUUUUGAUUCCUCCAAUCUUGAAAAAUCCGUGCCUCCGGGUUACUUGAAGUUUAUUAGCAAUUUAGAGAACGGGAUCCUAAAUGUCUCCAUGGAGAGGGAGACACUAAAGAUUGAAGUGAUGAGAGCUCAAGCCAUGAUCAACGUUCUUCAAUCGCGUAUCGAUCUUUUGACCAAGGAGAACGAAGACAUGAGAAGACAUGUCCGAGAUGGUUAGACGAUCAGCAGCAUUUCGAUGCGUUUUAGUUUAUUAAUUGUCAGCUGAGACCCUUAUAUCACAUUUCUUCGCUUAUCUCAUACACCUAUGUAACAUUUCUGUAGUUCUUGCUAUUACCUGGACCAAAAUGUUCUCUUAGGUGUCUGCAUAUUUUUUUUCUGUUGCAUUGGUCAAAACUUAAUCAUCUUGGGUUUCAAUCUCUGGCUCAAAUCUAUUUUACUAGCUUGUUUUGUUUUUGUGA